UGAAAUCAGGACUUGCAGAAAGAAGAGCUAUGGGUCAAGCCCAGAGGUUGGCCAUCUGACAGGAUCCUUAGUUUGGUGGAGGUGGUGACAGCUCACCUGAAUCUUGGCCUCAGGAAGCAGGGGACACUGCGUGAAUGCCCACCCACUGAACCAACUUGACCCAAGCGUUCCACCAAUGCACCCACCCUGGCCAGCUGAUUCCUGCACAGUGCAGCCCCAUAAAAUAACACCCAGCAGCUGAUGUUGGGCAGGUUCAGGCAUCUGCAGGCCCUCUGAAGUUCUCUAGCCAUCCGGUGGGAAGGACUCUGAGUCUUCAGUGACUUUGUCCUGUGUUAUCAUCAGAGAGAUGUGUCACUUGAGCCAUUCUCUACUGGACUCGAUCAUCUGGGCUGUGAAACUCUACUUAGAGGUAGGGUUGAAACCGAUGAAAAGGGCUUUAACAGCCGCAACAAAAUCGUUAUGGGGAGAGGAGGGGGACACUGGGCAGCGAUGCUCCCACAUCACUCUCCACCUGCUUCCCUCUGGUUCUGCACAGGUAGAAAGUGCUACCCCUUGGGCCAGGAGGGUGCGCCAGGGAGUGGACGUGGCUGGAGAAGGCUGGAGUGGAAGUGGCUGGGGUGGAGCUACGCAGGCGGCAGAGGCGGAGCCCAGCUCUGGGCGGCGGGUGUUCAGGGGCGUGGCUGCUGCAGAGCAUCCCGGAGCCAGCGGGAGACGCGCUUUGUUCUGGCCGAGGCCGCCUUUGCGUCCCGGGUCUAUCCCUUGCCUAUCUUCUAGCUCUUUCCACUCAGUCCCUGCAUCUGAAAUCGCUUCCGAUUCUUCUACGCUGCGCCCCGGAUCCUGACCUGUCCCCUCCCCCAAACUUCCCGCGGGCUUCCUGGUGUGGUAUCGUUCUCUCUCUUCCUCCCUUGUGCAUCCUCUCGCCCUGUCCGCUUUCAGAUCCCCUUUUUCCCAAGGUCGGGGCGCUCCGCCAGGCCCCGCCCCGCCCCCUGGACGGGGAUGUCCACAGUGGCCCAGAGCCCAUGGUCCUGACGCUGCUCCUCUCCGCCUACAAGCUGUGCCGCUUCUUCGCCAUGUCAAGCCCACGGGCAGGAGCCGAGCGGCUGGCGGUGCCUGGGCCGGAGGGGGGCUGCAGCGCCGGCCCGUGGUGGGCAGCGGGCGGCCGGGGGCCCCGGGAGGUGUCGCCUGGGGUGGGCGCCGAAGUGCAGGGCGCCCUGGAGCGCGCACUGCCCGAGCUGCAGCAGGCGCUGUCGGAGCUGAAGCAGGCCGGCAGCGCAAGGGCUGUGGGCGCUGGCCUGGCCGAGGUUUUUCAGCUAGUGGAGGAGGCCUGGUUAUUGCCGGCCGUGGGUCGCGAGGUGGCCCAGGGACUGUGCGAUGCCAUCCGCCUGGACGGCGGCCUCGACCUGCUGUUGCGGCUGCUGCAGGCAUCGGAGCUAGAGACACGCGUGCAGGCGGCGCGCUUGCUGGAGCAGAUCCUGGUGGCUGAGAACCGGGACCGCGUGGCUCGCAUUGGAAUGGGCGUGAUCCUGAACCUGGCGAAGGAGCGGGAGCCCGUGGAGCUGGCACGGAGCGUGGCAGGCAUCUUGGAGCACAUGUUCAAGCACUCGGAGGAGACAUGCCAGCGGCUGGUGGCGGCCGGUGGCCUGGACGCGGUGCUAUUCUGGUGCCGCCGCACCGACCCAGCGCUGCUUCGCCACUGCGCGCUGGCGCUGGCCAACUGCGCGUUGCACGGGGGCCAGGCGGCGCAGCGGCGCAUGGUGGAGAAGCGCGCGGCAGAGUGGCUCUUCCCACUGGCCUUCUCCAAGGAGGACGAGCUGCUGCGGCUGCACGCCUGCCUCGCUGUGGCGGUGUUGGCGACCAACAAGGAAGUAGAGCGUGAGGUGGAGCGCUCGGGCACGCUGGCCCUCGUGGAGCCACUUGUGGCCUCGCUGGACCCUGGCCGCUUCGCCCGCUGCCUGGUGGACGCCAGCGACACAAGUCAGGGCCGAGGACCCGACGACCUGCAGCGCCUCGUGCCACUGCUGGACUCGUCGCGCUUGGAGGCGCAGUGCAUCGGGGCUUUCUACCUCUGCGCAGAGGCGGCCAUCAAGAGCCUGCAGGGCAAGACCAAGGUGUUCAGCGACAUUGGGGCCAUCCAAAGCCUGAAACGCCUUGUUUCCUACUCCACCAAUGGCACCACCUCAGCCCUAGCCAAGCGCGCUCUGCGCUUGCUGGGUGAGGAGGUGCCUCGGCCCAUCCUGCCCUGUGUGGCCAGCUGGAAGGAGGCCGAGGUCCAGACGUGGCUGCAGCACAUCGGCUUCUCCCAGUACUGCCAGAGCUUCCGGGAGCAGCAAGUUGACGGUGACCUGUUGCUGCGGCUCACGGAGGAGGAGCUCCUGCACGACCUGGGCAUGAAAUCAGGCAUCACCCGCAAGAGGUUCUUCCGGGAGCUCACAGAGCUCAAGACUUUUGCCAACUAUGCUACGUGUGACCGAAGCAACCUAGCAGACUGGCUGGGUAGCCUGGACCCUCGCUUCCGCCAGUACACCUACGGCUUGGUCAGCUGCGGCCUGGACCGCUCGCUGCUGCACCGAGUGUCGGAACAGCAGCUCUUGGAAGACUGCGGCAUCCGCCUGGGAGUGCACCGCGCGCGCAUCCUCACGGCCGCCAGAGAAAUGCUGCACUCCCCGCUUCCCUGCACCAGCUGCAAGCCCAGUGGGGACACCCCAGAUGUCUUCAUCAGCUACCGCCGGAGCUCGGGUUCCCAGCUGGCCAGCCUCCUGAAGGUGCACCUGCAGCUCCAUGGCUUCAGCGUCUUCAUUGAUGUGGAGAAGCUGGAAGCGGGCAAGUUCGAGGACAAACUCAUCCAGAGUGUCAUGGGAGCCCGCAACUUUGUGCUGGUGCUGUCAGCAGGGGCACUGGACAAGUGCAUGCAGGACCAUGACUGCAAGGACUGGGUGCACAAGGAGAUUGUGACUGCUCUGAGCUGCGGGAAGAACAUUGUCCCGGUCAUCGAUGGCUUCGAGUGGCCUGAGCCACAGGCCCUGCCAGAGGACAUGCAGGCUGUGCUCACCUUCAAUGGCAUCAAGUGGUCCCACGAAUAUCAAGAGGCCACUAUUGAGAAGAUUAUCCGCUUCCUGCAGGGCCGCUCUUCCCGGGAUUCGUCUGCGGGCUCCGACACCAGUUUAGAGGGUGCUGCACCAAUGGGCCCAGUCUAGCCUGUCCCUGGGUUCCCAACCCCGCUGUGACUCCCAUUUCCAGCGUCCUCCCUAAAGGAAU